AAUAUGAUAAUAAUUAAGGAGUACUUAAAAUCAACUCUGCCAGUUUUGUUUCUUUCCUCCCUCCUGUCAGUUGCCGGCAGUUAAGUCGCCCCUUAAACUUCUGAAUUAAAACAUGUCGGAGAAACUGCCAUUCAAAGUCGCGGACAUCAGCCUGGCGGAAUGGGGCCGCAAGGCCAUCACCAUCGCGGAGAACGAGAUGCCGGGACUCAUGAAGAUGAGGGAGCUCUACGGGCACGCUAAACCUCUGAAAGGCGCUCGUAUUGCUGGCUGCCUCCACAUGACACUGCAGACUGCAGUGCUGAUCGAGACACUCCAGGCUUUGGGAGCGGAGGUCCAAUGGUCCAGCUGUAACAUUUUUUCCACUCAGGACCACGCUGCCGCAGCCAUCGCCAAAGCUGGUGUUCCAGUUUACGCGUGGAAAGGGGAGACCGACGAGGAGUACAUCUGGUGCAUUGAGCAGACCCUCUAUUUCAAGGACGGCCAGCCACUGAACAUGAUCCUGGACGACGGCGGCGACCUCACCAACCUGGUGCAUCAGAAGUACCCCAAGCUGUUGGCAGGGAUCAAGGGAGUCUCUGAGGAAACGACCACUGGGGUGCACAACCUGUACAAAAUGCUGAAGAAGGGCGAGCUCAAAGUCCCCGCCAUCAACGUCAACGAUUCUGUCACCAAGAGCAAGUUUGACAACUUGUACGGCUGCAGAGAAUCUCUGAUUGACGGGAUCAAGCGAGCGACCGACGUGAUGAUCGCCGGCAAGGUGGCCGUGGUGGCGGGUUAUGGCGACGUCGGCAAGGGCUGCGUGCAGGCGCUGCGCUCCUUCGGGGCUCGGGUCAUCGUCACCGAGAUCGACCCCAUAAAUGCUCUACAGGCUGCCAUGGAAGGGUACGAAGUCACUACUAUGGAGGAGGCCAGCAAGGAGGGGAACAUCUUUGUCACGACGACGGGCUGUGAGGACAUCAUCAUGGGCAGGCAUUUUGAGAACAUGAAGGAAGAUUCCAUAAUUUGCAACAUCGGCCACUUCGACUGUGAGAUCGACGUGAAGUGGUUGAAUGAGCACGCCGCCGAGAAGGUCAACAUUAAACCUCAGGUGGACCGGUACCGUCUGAAAAACGGGCGUCACCUCAUUGUCCUGGCCGAGGGCAGAUUGGUGAACCUGGGGUGUGCCAUGGGUCAUCCCAGUUUUGUCAUGAGCAACUCGUUCACCAACCAGGUGUUGGCCCAGAUUGAGCUGUGGUCAAACACCAGCAAGUACCCGCUGGGUGUGUACUUCCUGCCUAAGAAGCUGGAUGAGGAGGUAGCUGCUGCCCAUCUGGACAAACUGGGUGUGAAGCUGACGAAGCUGACAGAGAAGCAGGCCAAAUAUCUGGGCCUGCCUCGCGAAGGCCCCUUCAAACCCGACCAUUACCGCUACUGAGCGUCUCUCGGGACCUUGCCAGCCAGUCCACCACCACAGGGUGCUUCUGUAGCAUUCCGACAUGCUGCAUGAGCCUUAAACAGCCGCUAUCUUCAUCUUGCACACCUUCAAGCUUCAGCCAAAGCGUUGAUGGGGGGGGUGGCAGUAAACUGUCCAAAGCCACAUUUUUUGCAGUUUUGCAUUUGUUUUUUUUUUUUUUUUUUCUUUUUUUGGGAGACGACUCCUUCAGGGUGUAAUCAUUUUUAAGAGAAUUGGUGAUGGGGGGUUUCCUAGUAACAGAUGCCUGUGAAAUAUUUCAUUAAAAUUACUGGUCUCAUUAUAAUUACAAUUUUUCAAAAAAUUUUAAAGACUACAUUUUCCCCAUUGAUGAAUUACCACAUUGUGUGUGUGUCUGUAUCUCUGACCGGCCGCUUCCGUACUUAGCUGUGUUAAGGUGAGCCUGGGUGUGGGUGAAUUUGAAAUUCCUGGUUGUUGAUGGAUUUUGCCUCGAGUGUCCGAUUCCACACUUAUUCUACAGUCAUCGCUGGAAUAAAGAGUACUUUAAAAAUGG